CAAAUGACUUGACUAAAUGCCACGUCUGAGAAAGAACAUACACCUUUCAGACCCUCUCAUCAGGCGGGGGGACAUUUUACUAAUACAGUAUCGUAAUUGAAACGCAACAUUAAACACUGUUAAUCGCUGCUUAAGUACAGCAGACCGUUGAGAUGAUGAUUCACGGACGUCCACUAGCAUUCACACUGUUCUCAGGAGCAGUUCUGAUGCUAGCUGCCCUUCUGACUGUGUCUCAGUGCCACUCUCAUGACCAUGGGCACGCCCACUCGCAUGGGGGUGGCGGCGGUUGCCAUGGUCAUUCCCAUGGCGGUCAGAAACUGCACCAUGGGGCGAGCAAGUGGAGUGCCGAGGCCAACCUUCUCACAGAAAAGGAGUCGGACCACGGACAUGACCACGGUCACGGACAUGACCACGGUCACGACCACGGUCACGGACAUGACCACGGUCAUGACCACGGACACGGUCAUGACCACGGACACGGUCAUGACCACGGACACGGUCAUGAUCACGCCCACGGAAAGGAGAGGGUGAAGAGGGAAGUCAAUGGGGAAAAGAGGGACAUAGUGGAACUUUGGAUGCAGGCCAUCGGUGCCACUUUGAUGAUCAGCGCUGCUCCCUUCCUCAUUCUCUUCCUCAUCCCGGUCCAGUCCAAUACAGACCAGCACCAGAACCUCCUGAAGGUGCUGCUCAGCUUUGCCUCAGGUGGCCUGCUGGGGGAUGCCUUCCUGCACCUCAUUCCUCACGCUCUGGAGCCCCACUCUCCCCUUGGAGACAAGGUACCUGUCCACUCACAUGAGAGUGAGGAGUCAUCCCAGGAGCACGGCCAUUCACAUGGCGCCGCCCACGGUCACAUGAUGUCCGUGGGGAUGUGGGUCCUUGGUGGAAUCGUGGCCUUUCUGAUGGUGGAGAAAUUUGUUCGCCUCCUGAAGGGAGGACAUGGACACGGGCACUCUCACUCCCAUGCUGCUACUAAGGCCAAGGACAGCGAUGGGGAGGAGGAAAAGCCGAAGAAGAAGGAGGGAAAUAAAAAUGAAAAAGGAAGCAAAGAUGAGAAGUGUCCAAAAGAAUUGGUGGUGAAAACUGCAGACAUCAAGGUAUCGGGCUACCUGAACCUGGCUGCUGACUUCACGCACAACUUCACAGACGGUCUGGCUAUCGGGGCGUCCUUCCUGGUCAGCCCGGCAAUAGGCGCAGUCACCACUCUCACCAUCCUGCUGCACGAGGUGCCCCACGAGAUCGGCGACUUCGCCAUCCUGGUCCAGUCCGGCUGCACUAAGAAGAAGGCCAUGUGUCUCCAGCUGCUGACCGCCUUGGGGGCUCUCGCCGGCACGUCCUGCUCCCUGUUGGCCGAGGGGGUGGGCACGGCCGCCACGGCCUGGAUCCUGCCAUUCACCGCCGGCGGCUUUGUCUACAUCGCCACGGUGACCGUCCUGCCGGAGCUGCUGGUGGGGCGUUCCAGCCUAGGCCAGUCGGUGAUGGAGAUCAUGGCCAUGCUGGUCGGAAUUUACAUGAUGGUGCUGAUAGCCGAGUACGAGUGAGACCGCUUGUCAGCAGUAGGAGAGGGAGGGAGGCAGGGAGGGAGGGAUUGAGAGGGAGGCAUUUAGUGAGUGUGAGAGUGAGAGGACAGACUGAAUGAUAGAGAUGAAUUUAUACAAUUGCGACUGGAUGGAACAAAUCAGAUGGAGUUUAAAGGAGAGAGAUGAGAAGUGACUGGUUUGAAGGACUUUGGCUGGACUAUACGUUCGAAAGAGGACAGGGAGUAGAAUUUAACCAUUGACCAAACGGAGGGUGUUGAGCGGGAAGAACUGAACUUUACUGAGUCCUCAACGGCAGGGCGGUCGCUGUGUGAAAGUCCAAGUCAUCAAAGAGAUACUGAGGCUAGCAGAGCCAGUGACAUGGGAGUUGUAGUCCAUCGUAUAUUAUCGUUUAAGUGUUUGGUCACAAAAAAGUAAAUGAAAACAGUUUACAGUUAAGUAGGGGUUAAAUAUAGACUUUAAAGAAACAAAAUCAAGAAAUGCGUAUGCACCAAUGUUUAUAAUGUUUUGUUUUUCUUUCUGACAUUUAAGGGGUUAAGCGCAUUUUUCUGGAUUUAUAAUCACGCUUUUCAAUCCAGUAAAAUGCCCAGUUAGGAAAAUCUAAGUAUAUCGAUACAUAACUAACAUUCCUGAAUAAAAAGGGCAUGACAUUGUAAUGUAUAGUCCAUAAAGCAGGUCCCCAAGCAGCCAUUUUGGAUACUUGACAUUGAUACGGACAUGAAAAGUCAUCAGCUUCCAGAUUGGCAACUAUUAGAUUAGGUGAGUAUGCUGCACUAGAUGUCUACACCGUAAUUACUGACUGAGCCACUAGGGGGAGAUAUACUUGUUUGAAACGGUUUUAAUAAUGGUGGGAGGCUUUCAUGAGUUGUGAAAUCAAAGGUAAGGGGUAAGCUAUGUUUGGAGGACCAUUUGUGUAUGGUUCCCUUUACGGUAGUAAAGUCAUUGCUUUGAAUGUGGUCUUUUCCUCACCCUGCACAUGAAUUACUUGCAUGACUUGGAAGUACAGUAAAUGAAUGUACAGUAUAGUAUGUAAGGCAGGUUUUCCGAGUGAAAACUGAACCGAUUGUCAAUUGGGACAGGAAACAAGCACGACACAAAAAUAUUCAACCCUACUUAAUAGUUUAAAUGUCUGUCUGAACGAAUUAAUGUUUGAUCUAUCUUUAAACCAAUUAAUGUUGAACCACUUUUGUUUAGUGUUCAUAAGCCACUGUGAAAUCAGGUUUUGUUUAACUGUAAUGUUUAUUCAUAUAAUAGAUUUGCAAGUGCUUUGAAAUGUGUCCAGCAUUCAAACAUGCACCAAAUGUGUCUGCUCUCCCUGCACUCUUUUGAAGAAUACAGUAGGCCUUACCGCAUUUAAACAAUCAGCUCUCUUGCUAAGAGUUAGUCUACUCCGGUCCUGAAGGGCUGAAACACCUCCAUUGCCUAUUUUCUGAGUAGUAGCCCUCACCUGAUGAGUGUGAGAGGAGGAAAAUCAGAAGUAUUUUUGCACUCAGUGAUGUGGUUCGGAAUAACUUCAUAAACCAGGGCUGUUCAGCUCCAGUCCAGAAACACUUCUGGUAUACAUUUACACGUUAAUGCAUGGUAGUUAAGUGUGUUCACCUAGUCUCCCAAAACUGGGUCUGUACCAGACAUGUUUCAGCACUUCAGGACCAAUGUAGAAUAGCCCCGUCCUAAACCAUUCUUUAUGUACAAAACUGUAUCCUCUCUGGGCUGAUUCCAAGUUGAUUACUCAUUGUCCCUUUCCCUAAUACCUUGUGGACUCCUUUUGUAUCUGAGACUGUUGUAUAGUAUGCUGCGCUACCUAGACGUAUGUGGUACGUAUCCUUUCAAUGUGUUCCUUAAAACGACAGUUCUCUCAGGGUGUCAACAUUGGCCUAUAGAGGGGUGCAAUGGCUUGAUUUGGAAUCAGUCCUUUGAGUCAAACAGGGACCAAGUUAACGAUUUGUGUGAAAGUUGUGGGUGGUUGAUUGAGGAAGCAGAAUGUGGGUGGAAUCUUGGUUACUUUGGGUUUGGUUCAUUUUUCAUUAAAAUAAUUAAGAAGACAGUG